GCCAAAACUUAAUCAAAGUACGGUAUUGAAAGAGGCCAACCGAAGAAAAACAUCAAAACAAUCUCAACCGGUAUAUUUUCGAUGGGCCAGGGAAGACUAUAUUAAGCAGACUUUCUUCCCCAUCCAAUUCAGUACAGCAAAACCAUUGAAACAAGAACAUUUCCAAGAGAAACAGCAAGUGCCUGUGAAGUAUUUUUCCCCACGGACACGAUGGCUGGAAUUACUAGUCGUACAAAAUAUACGUCCCUGGAUGACACCGUGGAGGAUAAACUUGGAUAUUUCGCCCAGAAAAUGACGGUCGAGGCAUUUCCAUCGGAGCGAUAUUACAGACGAUCGUCCUCGGUACAUUUCAACGAAAAUCGACCAACAAUUGAGGAGCUUAAAACAGGAUUGGCGAAAUCAGAGUUUCAGGACCUUGAGUUCGGGAAGCAUGUGCCAUUCCAUGACGAAGCAUUUAAAAUGGGCUGGAUGAAAGGUGUUCUCAUGCCAUGCCUCUUGAACAUUUGGGGGGUGAUGCUCUUUCUUCGCUUAUCGUGGGUAGUGGGACAAUGUGGAAUCUUUCAAGCUAUUCUCGUGAUUACCUUGUGUAACGUCGUCACAUUCAUCACAUCUUUGUCCAUGUCGGCCGUAUCAACCAAUGGCAAGAUCAAGGGAGGGGGGAUCUACUACAUGAUUUCCCGUUCUUUGGGAGCCGAGUUUGGUGGUGCCAUUGGGGUCUUGUUGACCAUUGCCAAUUCGAUUGCCGUAGCAACCUACUUGAUCGGUUUCGUGGAUUCACUAUUAGAUAUGCUCAAGCAGUACCUAAACAACUUCAAUGGCAUCCUGGAUGACAUUGACACGCGAGUCAACGACGUCCGUUGGAUCGGAGCAUCUCUAUUGGUUUUCCAGGCUUUUUUCAAGUCUUUGGCGUCUUCUUCCCGGCUGUUACUGGUAUUGUGGCGGGUGCCAAUUUGUCCGGUGACCUGAAAGAUCCGGCUGAAGCCAUACCAAAAGGCACCCUUUCAGCCAUAGAGACUUCGGGAGACCCAGCAGAAUACAUAGCGUUCUUGAACGGAAGCGAGUCUAUAGAUGUCUUCAGCUACGACAAUUGUACACUCCGCAAAUGCGAUUACGGCUCAUCCAAUGACCAGCAGACCUUGGCCAAGAUUUCGUACACCAGUUAUCUCGUCUUUGCCGGAUGUUUUGCGGCGACUCUCUCAUCUGCCAUUGCGUCUUUGGUGGGAGCUCCUCGAGUGUUGCAAGCUUUGGCCAAAGACAAAUUAUAUCCUCUCAUUGGAUUCUUCGCCAAUGGUUAUGGGAAGAAUAACGAACCCAUUCGAGGAUAUGUACUCUCGUUCCUCAUUGCCUUGGGUUGCGUCAUGAUUGGAAACUUGGACGUUGUAUCUAGUUUGCUCUCCAACUUUUUUGUGGCGGCAUACGCCCUUAUCAACUUCUCGGUGUUUCACGCCUCCAUGGUUAAGUCGCCCGGUUGGCGCCCGGCAUUCAAAUACUACAAUCAAUGGGUAUCUUUGAUUGGGACCUUCCUCUGCGUGGCUGUUAUGUUUCUCAUGGAUCCAAUCACAGCCUUCAUCACAAUCGCUUGCGUUGGAAUCUUGUACUUUUACAUCAAAUAUCGCAAGCCUGAAGCUCAUUGGGGAAGCUCUACAGAAGCUCAGCAAUUCGUGAAUACCCUCCAAAAUGUCCAUGAACUUUCCAACGCUCCAGAUCACGUGAAGAACUUCAGGCCUAAAGUUUUGGUCUUCAGUGGCAAUCCGGCUCAUCGCAUUCCGUUAAUGGAUUUCGCCAAUCUUCUGACCAAAAAGUUAUCGCUAUUGAUGUGCGCUGACAUUCAACAUGAUGUAACAACCAAAGAACGCGAAUCCCUCAAGGAGGUGGCCUCGAAUUGGCUUACUGAACAUAAAAUGAAGGCUUUCUAUUUUGUGGCCAAGGAUCGGACUUUCGAAGAAGGCGCCAUGUCUUGCAUGAGCUUAGCCGGACUAGGUAAAUUUUCUCCCAAUAUGAUAUUACUUGGAUACAAACAAAACUGGUUCGAUGACGAAUCUGGAACAUGCCAGUAUUACAACAUUCUUCAUGAAGCUCUGGAUAUGAAUUUGGGUCUUAGUAUCCUUCGUUUGCCAAGUGGUUGCGACUUCUCCAACAAGUUUGAGAAUGAAGAAGUGCUCGAUAUCGAAAUAUCCAAUGCAGAGGAUGACGAUGGAUUGUGUGACGAUGAUGAUGACGACGACGAUGAAAAAGACACGGGAAUGACGCUGAAGAUCCCAAAGUUUCUUGGCAACGAUCUUGACGACAAACGGAGACGUCAUAGAAGUAAACGCCGGUCCAUCUUCACAGGCCAAGAUGGAAAUCUCGUGCCAAGUGCAGUUCUGGACGAUAUUAAUAUUUUCAAGCGGAAGAAGCAACAGGGCGUGAUCGAUAUUUGGUGGCUUUACGAUGACGGAGGACUCACCCUUCUCCUCCCUGUGAUUUUGAAGACGCGCAAACAGUUCGGCGAAUGUCAGCUGCGCGUUUUUGCCUUGGGAUCCAAAGUUGACGAUUUGGACAGCGAGACUAAAAAUAUGGCCAAACUACUGAAGAAAUUCCGCAUUUGUUGCGCGGAUGUGAUUAUCAUCCCGCCUGUCACCACUGACGCCAAGGAAGAUAGUCUCGUAAGAUUUGAGGAAAUUUGCAAUAGAGCUAACACACCCAUAAAUCAAUUAUUGGAAAACAAAGAACGAUCAAAUCGAUUUCUACGAUUAGCGGAAAUACUGCAAGAACGAUCAGAACACUCUCAAUUGGUAGUCAUGACUCUCCCCAUGCCCCGACCAAACUUCAUAUGCUCUUCCUUGUAUAUGAGUUGGUUGGAAAUUAUGUCUUGCGAUAUGGCCAUGCCAUUCCUGUUUGUCCGAGGCAAUCAAACUUCGGUGCUAACCUUCUAUUCUUGAGCCUACCGUUAUUUACCUCUAGCAGCACAGAUUAUUGUCAAACUCAAUUUAUUUAGGUAAAUAUAUCCCAUUGCUUUAAUGUUACAA